AUCGCCAACAACAAACGGUCUUUUUCUCCACCCCAGCCCCCGAGCCCUCUAGCUUUACUUCUCUCAAAGUCGCUCUCAAAACUCCAAAUCCCUCAUUAAAGCACUUUGAUUAACUCAUGGAAGGGCUAAAUAAUUCACCUUCAUGCAGAAAUGUAAUCACAAUUCUCAGUAUUGAUGGUGGUGGAAUUCGAGGGAUAAUCGCCGGAGUCAUCCUUGCUUAUCUAGAGUCUGAACUUCAGAAACUGGAUGGCAAAGGAUCAAGAAUAGCAGAUUAUUUUCAUGUGAUUGCCGGAACUAGCACUGGCGGCCUGAUAACAGCCAUGCUAACUGCUCCUAAUGAAAAUACCCGUCGACCCCUGUUUGCUGCCAAAGACAUAAAAGACUUUUACCUCACCCACUGCCCUGACAUCUUCCCCCAAUCAAGAUUUGAGAGCUCAGGUCGUCCGUUGGGUGUCGACACCCUAAUAAAGUGUCGAUACCAUGUCCCUAUCGGAGAUUUGGGAGCUCAGGUCUUCCGUUUGGUGUCGACACCACCACCGUGUCGGGAUUCAGAAUGCUCAGCCCUUCCAGAAUACCAUAACCUCCCUUAUUGAUAUUUUUGGCUCUAGAUUUCCUUAGUUGCAUUUCUGGUACCUCUCAACUAUUUGCAGCAUGCUGGUAUUCUUCAGCCUCCUCACAUCCAUCCUUGAUACUGUGGUGGCUAAUAUCCAUCUGCACCUAUUUCUACCUGAUGGUUGUACAUUCUUUGUUUUUCCUUUUGCCUGCACAGUUGAACUUUAGACAGCUUGCUGGAUCCUGUAGCCAAUCAAAUAAUGAGAAUAAG